AGCUUCCCUGCCGGCCCCCGCGGCACGGCCGCCAUGGAGGAGAGCAGCGGCGCCCGCCUCUCGGCUGAGUGCCUGGACGAGCCGCCCAACAGCCGCAUCUUCGUGGUGCUGGGCAAGGACACCGAGGAGUCGCUGAUCCGGGAGCGCUUCUCCCCCUUCGGGGACAUCCAGAACAUCUGGCUCCUGCGGGACAGGCGCACCAAUGAGUCCCGCGGCAUCGCCUUCAUCAAGUUCGCCCGCAGCUCGCAGGCCUGCCGGGCCAUGGAGGAGAUGCACGGCCGCAGCCUGCUCCCCGACACCAAGCCCAUCAAGGUAUUUAUUGCACAAUCAAGAGCUUCUGGAAGCCACCGAGAUGUUGAAGAUGAGGAGCUUACACGAAUCUUUGUUAUGAUACCAAAAUCCUAUACAGAGGAAGAUCUGAGAGAGAAGUUUAAGAUGUAUGGAGACAUUGAAUAUUGCAGCAUUAUUAAAAACAAGACUACUGGAGAAAGUAAAGGUUUGGGCUAUGUGAGAUAUCUAAAACCAUCACAAGCUGCCCGAGCAAUUGAAGAGUGUGAUCGAAGCUUCAGGGCCAUUUUGGCUGAACCUAAAAAUAAGUCAUCUGAGUCUUUUGAACAUGACUAUUAUAGUAAUAACACAAGGCAAGAACCAAGAGGAAAUACACUUCCAUUUUGUAUGCAGCCAGAAUUUUGUAGUUUUGAAAAAAAUGAGUGCAGAAUUCAAGAAUCAGUCUCCAAACGUCUGUCAGUGGUGUCACGGCUUCCCUUUAUUCAAGAGCAGCUGUUCGCCCUCUUUGAUUUAGUUCCAGGACUGGAAUAUUGUGAUGUUCAGCGAGAUCCUUAUACCAAUAGUGGCUACGCUGUGAUUCAGUACAGCACUGCUGCGUCAGCUAUAUAUGCCAAGUACAAAUUACAUGGGUUUGAGUACCCUCCUGGAAAUCGAUUAACAGUCAUUUUCCUAGAAGAUGGAAGUGAUAGUUCAGACCUCAUCAGAAAAAUGGCAACACAGCUGGUAACAGCACAGGUGUCAUCAGCGUUGCGCAGUAACAAUGCGAUUGUUCAGCAGUAUAGGACACCUCCUCCAGCGUUUGGAGGAACUUCAGGCCCACAGUUACUUCAGCCCCAAACAGAUGCCAUACUGCCACCACCCAAAAAAAAAGCUCCACCUGACACUGCUGUGAAGGAAAGGCUUUUCAUACUAUUUCAUCCCCAUCCUUUACCUGUAAACAUAUUGGAAGAUGUGUUCUGUCGUUUUGGACAAUUGAUACAAGUUUACCUCGUGGCUGGAAAAAAUGUGGGCUAUGCAAAAUUUGCAGACAGAGCAAGUGCCAGCGAGGCCAUAACUGUGUUACAUGGCAAGAUUGUGAAUGGUGUCAGGCUUAAGGUGAGGUUGGCAGACUCGCCCUCGGAGGAGCCCAACAAGCGCCAGAGAACUUACUGAGCAGAACUACUACCAAAAGAGAAAUACAGUAGGGGGAGAAGAAGCUGUUCUCUGCAAAAUAACUCUCAAUUAUUACUACAGCUUUCAGAUAUUUCCAGUAGCCAUAUUAUCUUCCUAGGGGACAUGAAGUUUUGAUUUAACUCAUUCAGAAAAUGUCAUAUGAAAUCUUGACUCUCUUCACGUCAAUAUUUUACCUCUAAACUUCACUCCUUGUGCCUUUUUUUGUAUAGAUAUUCUUUGUGGCUCUAGAAUUGCAAAGAUCAAAAAAGAUUUUGCCCAGAUUGUUCUUGUUCUCCUUUUUUCCUGAGGACUUUCCUGUUGAUCUCUUGAUAAGCAGCAAGUGCUGAAGAUGGCCUUAGUCUUUACACACAACUUUUGUUUUAAAAAAUUGGAUUUGUAGCAUUCUUUUUCUCCAUUGAAUUAUUGCUAAUUCAGUGGAGAAAAAUCAUUGAAUUAUUGAAGCUUUUUUUUUCUUUUUUUUUAAUCAGCAGUUCAGAUGAACAUAAUUUUAAGUAACUUGUACCCAUACUCUUCUUUGUACAAAGUUUUGUUUUUAAUGUGACUUUUACUCUCAACAGUUAAAGACCAGCUUCUGGGUCUCUACAGGAAUAACUGUGAUGUGACAUGUAAGACCAGGUCUGCCUUGUGUACUUUUUACUGGAAAAAUGUAAACACAAUAUAUGUCCAAAAUUAGAAAGAUAAUUUAUCCUUAAGUUUUCUUUCCUUGUUUUUAAGAAAGGUAAGAGUGAGAAGACUGGAAAGUUCUCUUCUGAUAGUCUAUCUAAAACGGGUAUUUUGUUUUUAUUCACACAUAUAACCACACACAGCAGCACAUUUUUCCAGUUAUGAUUGUUGAGAAGAUUCUUCAGUGUCUCCAAGUGAUUGUGCAGUUUGUCACCAAAUGGGAUUUUCAAAAGGCUAAAGCUUACUUUGUUUCAAAUUAUGUUAUUAAAUUCUAAUAUACACAUAUUAUUGACUAAUCAGAAACCUGAACUCAUUUAUAAGGUCAGAGUAAGUCACACACAUUUUAUUUAAUUAGAAAAAUGGAAAAAUAAGAUCCUAUUUAAAGAACUGUAUUUUUACAACAUGCAAAAUUACAGCAGAGGUCUCUGUCCUUUCCUAGGUUUUUGUAUCUCUGUAAAAUUUCAAAUAACAGAGUACUAGUUUUAGUUGUUGAAAGACAGACAUGUUAAGUUUGUCUUGGACAGAUUACUAGUAAUUCUGGUGGAAAUGGCUGCUGAGUAUUUCCCUCCUGUUUAGCCUUUUAUCUGCUGAAUCUGUGCUAUAGCACAGGGAGAAGCGAUUUCUAAAUUUACAGUGUUACCUCCUGUACACCAGGUUCCUGAUUCUGAGUCUUUUAGCAGGUUGUUUUAGCAUCUAUCUCUUCUUAGGAUAGAUAGACAAAAUUACUUGUUCUUUUUGUCCUUUAGUUGGUUUCUCAAAUUCAAAUGAAAUGGUACAUAAAAAGAAAGAUUGGGCUUGCCCAUUUAAAUGGAGCUUACCACUGCCUGACUGCCUUGGACUGGCUGACAAAAAGCUUUGCAAUAGCGUAGAGGCUUAUAUUUUUCUUUCACCUAAAGUGUUAAAUUGUGCAUGUGAAAGGAGAUGGAAUUCUCUCUACCUCUGUUUUUUUUUUUUGAAUAUGUGAGAAUAUUAACUUUUUUCUUUUUGAAUUUUAACUGUAGAAAUAAUCUGCCUAGCUAAAACUUCUCUGAGUUUUCACUUAAGGAAGUCAUUCCCUCUUAAAAAAAGCCCUUCUAAAGUCCUGUUGUAUUACGGGCUUUUUUGUCUCUGACUGGAUUUCUGCAAUAGUCCUUUCUAUACAAGGUUCUCUGAUUAAAAUCUGCGAUAAGACCUGCGAAUUCUAGAAUCCAUAUGAAAAUAAGUGUAAUUCAAUGGAAUAAUUAAAUAUAAAUAAAAUUUUUUUCUACACAUUUGACGCUUUCCCCAACACUUUAUGUAAAUACUCUUUUAAAAAAUACAGUUUACAAAAUUGUUUCUUAAAAGAUGUUUCUUAAAAGAUGUUAACAGUAUGCUACUGAUAAUGCUUUUGCAAUGUAAAGGUUUGACCAUAAGAACUUUGUUAACUUUCAACCACCUUUGUUUAUCAGGCAGAUUUGCAUACAGGUGUAUUAAUAUUCUAAACUAAUGCACCUAAUGAAUUUUACAGACUCUGGCUCUCCUACAAGUCAGUGAAAAUUCAAUUUAUAUGAGUAGUUAAAAGUAGCAGAGAAAAGAUGGAAAUAUAGACCAAUAAUGCUCUCUUAACUGCUUUAAAUUCUAAUGUAAGGUGUUUUUGGGGGUGAGGUUGUCCCCUCUUAUGCUAAGUAAGUAUAAACGGCUUAGCCGUUUAUAGUAAUCACUUUAAAAUAUCUUGCUUUGAAUCAGUCUAGGCUUGAGAAGACAACUACAGUGUCUACUUCUAGGCAGUUGCUGAAAGCAGACCAAUCUUAAUGUUCUUGCUGUUGACCAGCUUGUGCUCUCCACUCAGAGUUUUGCAUUACUCUGAGUAUUUCAUGAAAACCUCACUGCAGUGUCUGAUGCCAGUUGUGUAAAUUAUAUAAUUCAAAAAUGGAAGAGGAAGGAAGGAAUUUGCUAUCUUUCAGAAGAAUGCAUUGUGGAAAUCCAGUUAAUCUCUCUAUUGCAACCUAGUAGUUCUAUUUUAAUAUCACCCCCACCCCCAAAAACAACCCCUACCAAACAACAGACCCAUGAACAAACAAAACAAAAAACCAAAACCCACACGAAAAGUCUUUCACAAAGCUUUCAAGUAGUCCUUAAAAAGCAGCUUCUAACUAGCAGUGUAUUAAAAAUGCAAGACACAGCUAUGUGGACCUGGUUUCUGAGGGUUUUAAUAGUUUAGUCAUUUGCUGACUGACUUUAACCCACAGCAAAUGAUUCAUUGCAUUUUUCCCCUUUGGAAAAAGUUUGAUGGUGUCUUUAAAUAAUUAUUUAGUCACUUUUUAAGUUGAGAAGCAUUUAUUCUGUCAUGAAAUACGUGGUUAUUAUUGUCUUUUGUUACUCUUGCUCUGAAAAAGUCUUGCAUCACUGAUUUGAUUUGCAUUUAUUUUUUUACUUAAAACUUUAUUAAAAUCCUGAAGUUAACAUCUAUAUUUAUAAUAAUGUAUUGCUGUGCAAAAAUGUUUAAAAAAAGUAAUUGUAUCAUAGCUGACAUGUACUCUGAAAAAAAUACCUGUAAUUUGUAUCAACAGCAUACUGCAGAAAAAAUGCAGCUUUUACAUAUUGCUUAGAAAAAGAAAUACUUCUUUAAAAGUUGGAGAAGCAUACCUAAAACUUUAAUGUUAUUCUUCUAAAAAUAUUUAAAGCCUUAUUUAUAUGCUGUUGUAGUGAUUCUAUUUUAUAAGACAUACUUUUUAAAAUAAAAAUAUUUAUGUUGCUUUUU